AUGAUCUGGUCAACCACGAGCUUUUGGAGGGCUGUUGUCCUCGCCACCUUGGCUACCAAUGCCUUGGGCAUGAAGCUACACUUUGGAGAAGAUAUAACGGACGCCAGUGUUCAUUGGGACGACGACCCUUUUGAGAUGACAGUUGCACUCGGUCUAUAUAACAUCAAGCGCGUGAGCCGCGGUGCAGACAAAUUCAAAAUCGAGGAGAUGGACGGCCAUACCCUCUAUCUGUUCCCCAACAAGGCCAACGCGGCCAAGUUUAUAAAGGAUUUCCACAACAACCAAGCAAAGUAUGCUGCGGUUGCUGGCGAUGAAGGGUUUGAGGAGGCGGAGGAUGAUGAGGAAGACAACGAUUAUGUACCAUAUCCCCUAGGCGAUGAGGGUAUGGCUCUCGAAUUUCAUGCUGACGAGAAGAAUGGUCGCUACGACAAGUUUGCCGUCAUUGCCGACGUUGGGCAGUAG